AUGGACGAAGCAUAUAUUGUGAAAAAAUGGAUUCGUGCUGUACAAGGAAAAUUCGUGCAAAUUGCUUCAAUAAUUGAGCAAUUCGCAGAUCUUGAAACAAUAACUAUCGAAGAGGUCAUCGGGAGAUUAAAAGCUCAUGAAGAGAGGGUGUGUGAUCAAACUGAAACUGAUGAUAAAAAGUUACUUUUAACCCAUCAAGAGUGGGUAGAGAAGAUGAAGGAAAAAGGCGAAAACUCUAAAGAUUAUGGGCACUACGCAUCCGAAUGCAAGAAUCCACGAAAAGAGAGAAGUUAUAACAACAAAAACAACGAGGCAUGCCAAGUUCAAGACAAGAAUGAUAACAAGUCGGCUUUAUUAUUAGCUAACUGCAGCAUGACGGAAGAAAAAGAAGAAGUGUUUUUAAGCAAGCAAAAAGUAGCACCCAAGCUAAGAUUAAUGAGAGAUGAUUCAAGCCACACCAAUAUUUUUUAUAUAGACAAUGGAGCUAGUAAUCACAUGACAGGCCACAGGGACAAAUUUAGAAAUCUUAAUGAUUCCAUCCAAUGUAUUGUUCGUUUUGGAGAUGGUUCUGAAUUUUGCAUUGAAGGUAAAGCAUUGAUUCUAUUACAAUGCAAGAACAACAAACAAAUAUUAUUACAAGAUGUUUAUUAUAUACCUAGCUUGUGCACGAACAUCAUUAGUCUAGGCCAACUCGCAGUAAAAGGUAAUAAAAUUUUGAUGUUGGGUCUGUUUCUUUGGAUAUAUGAAAAAGAUGGAAAGCUUUUAAUGAAGGUAAACUAA